AUGUUCUCUUUGUUGACAUCCGGAUUGGCCCUGGCCUCCUUGGCCUCUGCGAGCUCCAGUGCUCUCCCCAAGUUUGGAGAGAAGCAGUUCGAUCAGAAGUUCCUCGAUGGAUACAACCUGUUGAAGCACAUGGGCAGCUUCGCACCCUACUCCGAUCGUGUUUCGUACGGUGUGGACCGAAACACCCCGGCCGGAUGUGAAAUUGACCAAGUGCACAUGCUAAUGCGUCACGGCGAGCGCUACCCCGACGCAACCUUCGCGGAAGGUUAUGUCGAGGUCUUGGACAAGAUGUGGGACUCCAAUGUCACCACCUGGGCAGGAGACCUCGCUUUCUUCAAUGACUGGACCUACUACGUCGAGGAUGCGGGCCUUUACUCCCAGGAGUCAACCACUGGUCCGUACGCCGGUCUGGUUGAUGCCUACACUCGCGGUAGUGAGUACCGCCUUCGCUAUGGCGAUCUUUGGGAUGGCAAGUCUGUUGUCCCCAUCUUCGCUUCUGGUUACGAGCGUGUCAUUGAGACUGCUCGCUACUUUGGCCAGGGUUUCUUCGGAUACAACUACUCCACCAGUGCGGCCAUCAACAUCAUUCCUGAGGCUGCUACUCAGGGAGCUAAUAGUCUGACUCCCUCUUGCCCGGCUGAUACUGAGUACGACACUUGCUAUGUGGACCGCUUUUACGCGACACUGCCUCCUUUGGAUGCUGCCGCUGCGCGAUUCAACUCUCAGAACCCUGGACUCAACCUUACUGGAAGCGAUGUUCUCCAGCUUAUGCAAACCGCUGCUUUUGAGUUGAACGUCCGUGCUAACACCCCAUGGGCUGAUGCAUUUACCAUGGAUGAGUGGGUCGCCUACGGAUACAUCUGGGAUUUGGCCUACUACUACUGCUUCGGAGCCGGUAGCGUGUACCAAACUGCCGCAGGUCAAGUUUACGCCAACGCCACUCGUGUCCUGCUUGAAUCUGGACCUUCCUCCGGAAAGAUGUUCUGGAGCUUUGCCCACGAUGCCGACAUCACCCCGGUCAUCGCUGCCCUCGGAAUUGAUGUGCCCGAGAAUGCUCUUCCCAACACCACCAUUCCUUUCCCCAACCCGUACCGCGUGGCUGAUAUCGUCCCCAUGGGUGGUCACCUUACCCUGGAGCGUAUGACCUGCAACGCCACCACUACCACCAAGGCUGGUACCUACGUCCGUGCUAUCUUGAACGAGGCAGUUGUGCCAUACAGCUCUUGCCAGAGCGGACCUGGCUACUCUUGCCCCCUGGCCAGCUUCUCUGCCAUCGUUGACAAGGCUCCCACCUACAAGGCCAAGUGCGACAACCCGUCUACCUACCCCCAGCACUUGAAGUUCUUCUGGGACUACAACACCACUACCGAGUACAACUACCAGACUGGCCCGAUUGGAUACCAGCUUACUGAUACCGAUGUUUGA